UUUCAUCUCAAUUUUGAGAAAAAGGAGUUAACCGUCUAUAAAGUCCGCCCAAAUUUUCAUUCAAAAUUGCCCUUUCGCCUUUCUCUUCGAGCUCUCGACAGAAAUCAAAAGAAAGAAACGAGGAAAAGAAAAUGUGCAGAAAUUCCUAAAUCUCAGACAGAGCAGAUCGUCCAAUUCGUGAAGAACCCGUUAUAAUAUUGAGAUUCUGAAGAUAUGCCGGAACCAAGAGACAGAGUCUCAAGGGCGGUGGACGUGGCGGAUGUUUACGCUCGUAGAAGGCGGCCAAUCAUAUCAGGCGGAAGUGGGCGACGGGAAACCCUCACUGUUUUUUCCAACGACGCUGAAGAGGUGGGUCCAACCACGCUAUUUCGCUGGGGAUCAACGCCAUUGACGGGAAGACGCGGCGGCUCUGAAGUGGGAAGUCCGGGUACUACAGGAUCUGGGCCACGUGGCAGCAGGUUACAGAACAUAUCUCCGGCGACCAGAAGUGGCCGGGACCGAGUAAUAGGUCGAGGCAGGGGUCGUCUUGGGGGUAGUGUUUUACCUGAUUGGUAUCCCCGAGUUCCCCUUCAAGACAUCACCGAAAUCGUUAGGGCCAUUGAAAGAAGAAGAGCUCGAAUGAGGGAAGGCGAGGGCCCUCGAAUUGAGACUCCUGUACAUCAGCCACUGGCUGUUCAUGAUCGUUCAGUGUCCACAUCAGGUGCUCAACUCGAGCACAGUUCUGCAACUUUUACUCCAUAUCAAAAAGGCAGUAGCAGGAACCUUUCCGUAUCAGUUCCGAAGAUAUUGCUUGAUAUCACUAACCACAACAAUGGAAAGUCAUCUGGCCUAACACCACAAAAGAAACUUCUGAACUCCAUUGAUACAGUUGAAAAAGUGGUGUCAGAGGAAUUGCUAAAACUGAAGAGGACUCCAGCUGCAAAGAAGUUAGAGAGGGAGAAGAAGGUGAGGACCUUGAUGUCUAUGCGCUGAUAAAAAGAUAUGUUUGUGGAGUCUUAACUCAAUCAAGGUUGAGGCAACAAGUGUGAAUAUUGAACUCAAUCAAGGUUGAUUGUAUACAAGUGUGGAUAUCUUUUAGCUCAAUCAAGGCAAGGAUGAAACCUGAAGAGCUUCUUUCAUACUCAUGAAAACUGAAGAAUUUCUUUCAUACUCACGGAAACUGAAUUCAUUCUCAUGAAAACGGAAGGAUUUCAUACUCGGCAAGCUUGAGGAUAUUGGAGUAUAUAGCAAUAGCAGAAUAAUACCACUAAUGGUAUGACUUAGAAUCACCUGUUUAAAAGAGCUAGCUUAGUGGACAGUUUUUUGUUCCCAUCAUGAUUAGCUUGUUGAUCUUUUAGCUAGAUCAACCUCAUAGUUCAACCUUUUCAUUUUUUUCUUGUAUAUCUUGUGAUUCUAGUAGAUCUGACCAUUUCUUGUCCUGUGAUCCAACACUUAUGGUCCUUAAGUAAAAGAUUGUACAUUUGUACUGAUGCUCAAAGAAGAAAUUGCUUACAACUGAU